CCUGCGAAGUCCUGUCAAACUUAAUAGACUCUGGGAUCUCUCCUCGGAUCGGGUUUUCUGUUAUUUCUCAGCGAUGGAACGGAAAGUUGCUCGGGAGUUUAGGCACAAGGUGGAGUUGCUGAUUGAAAAUGAGGCUGAGAAGGAUUACCUGUAUGAUGUCCUCCGCAUGUAUCACCAGUCGAUGGAUUUGCCGGUGCUGGUGGGAGACCUGAAGCUGGUGAUCAAUGAACCGAAGCGUCUACCACUCUUCGACGCCAUCAGACCUCUCAUCCCGCUCAAACACCAGGUGGAGUAUGACCUUCUCACCCCCAAGAGGUCACGGAAGCUGAAAGAGGUGCGUUUGGACCGAACGCAUCGUGAUGGACUGGGUCUGAGUGUCAGAGGAGGGCUGGAGUUUGGCUGUGGGCUCUACAUUUCACAGAUUGUAAAAGAUGGACAGGCUGAUAACGUCGGCCUUCAGGUGGGUGAUGAGAUUGUUCGCAUUAAUGGGUACUCCAUCUCCACCUGUACCCACGAGGAGGUCAUCAGUCUUAUCAAGACAAAGAAGAUUGUGUCACUCAAAGUUCGCCAUGUCGGCAUGAUCCCAGUGAAAAGCUCAUCAGAUGAGCCCCUUAAGUGGCAGUUUGUGGAUCAGUUUGUGUCUGAGUCAGGGGAGAAGAAAAGCAGUGUGGCCGGCUUGGCAUCCAUAGGUGGAAAGGAGAUAAAAGAAAAGAAAGUUUUCCUCAGCCUUGUGGGCACUAAGGGUAUGGGCAUCAGUAUCUCUAGUGGUCCAACUCAGAAACCUGGUAUCUAUAUCAGCAACGUCAAACCAGGGUCCCUCUCUGCUGAAGUUGGACUUGAGGUUGGAGACCAGAUUGUGGAGGUGAAUGGGGUGGAUUUCACCACAGUGGACCACAAAGAGGCUGUGAAGGUCCUGAAGAGCAGCAGGAGUCUGACUAUCACAGUUCUGACAGGAGCUGGCAGCGAGCUGUUUAUGACAGACGAGGAGCGUCUGGCAGUGGAGGCCCGCAGAGAGCUGGAGAGGCAGGAGCUGAUGCAUCAGAAGAAGGUGGCAAUGGAGACCAACAAAAUCAUUAAAGAACAGCAGGAGGAGGAGAGGCGGAGAAAGAUGGAGAUUGCUCAGAAAACUGCAGAAGAAGAGGAGCGCUAUAAGAAAGAGAUGGAAAAGAUUGAGGCUGCGGAGAGGAAACACAACAGAGAGUGGGAGGAGGACUGGGGGUCCAAAGACAGGCCGAAGAGCCCCAAGAGCCCCCGCUCUCCAAAGAGCCGCUCACCUGCCCCACCUGAAAGGACAACCAGCCCGGCUCCAAAGGGCAAAAGUUCUCCAUUUGGCUGGUUUUAUCGGUAUGAGGGGAAACUGCCAUCACUACGCAAGAAGGGAGAAAAGAAGAAGAAAAAGAAGAAAGUGUCCAAUACAGAUACCCUGCAAGAACAGAGGAAAAACAAGAAGGAGAUGGAGUUUGAGUUGAAACUCGCCAAAGAGAAAGAAGAGAUGCAUGAACGAGAGAAGCAGCUUAAGAUCAAUCGGUUGGUUCAGGAGGUUUCAGAGACAGAGAGGGAGGACUUAGAGGAGUCAGAGAAAGUGCAGCACUGGGUGGAGCGUCUGUGUCAGACUCGGCUGGAGCAGAUCUCAUGUGUUGAGAACGAAUCCUCGGAGCCUCCAGAAAUGCUAAAGCGGAUGGUGCCUUUCAACACGUCUUUCAAAUCAAACAGCAAAAGACAAGGAUUUCAGAAAUACUUGGAAGAUUUUGACCCCUACUCCAUGUUCUCUGCGGACCAGAUAGCUGGCCGAGAUGUGAGACUGCUGAGAAUUAAGAAGUCUGGACAGCUUGACCUGGCUCUGGAGGGAGGGGCAGACUCUCCUUUGGGAAAGCUGGUGGUGUCCUCUGUUUAUGAAGGUGGUGCUGCAGAUCAACACGGUGGAAUUGUCCCUGGAGAUGAGCUCUUGGCUGUGAAUGGGAAGAUCCUGAUCGAUGCUUCAUUGACUGAGGGACAAACCUCUCUGGCACGAGCCUGGAAUAGUGGAGGGGACUGGAUCGACGUUGUGUUUGCCGUCUCCCCUCCCAAAGACUAUGAGGAUGAAGUGACGUUCUUCUAGUCUCAUCAAUCACCUGCCAAGAAAACCAGAUUGAUCACAAAGAAGCUUCUCAUUCAUUCAGGACAAAGCUUGGGAUGAUUUUUAUUUUUGUUACUCUUUAAUAUUGAGCCACUUGUCCUGCAUAUUGAUACCCAACAGUCAAUAUUCAUUGUCAGUGUCGUGUUUCAGUAAAGGAUGUUCCAGUCAAUAUUUACAUGUAGUCUUCAAUCAGUCAUGUCAUUUACACACAGAUAAUCAUUCUGAUUAAUCUGAGUGUAAGAAUGAAAGAUGAAUUAAAACUCUUAAAUUAAUCAAUAGCAUGUCUCUAAUCUGCCUUUCUAAAGCCUAAUAAAGGACAUAUUUCACAAAAAAUGAGGUUCUGUUGUUGUUACUGAUUUUCUGACUUAUUUUUAAAACACAGUUUAAAGGUUAAAAUGCAAGUGGCUAAUUCCAUGAGAGGAAGACUCGUGUUUUAGUUUAUAUUCAGGUUUAAUCCAGACCUGGUUUACUGAAAGGCCACUGCUUUCAUGACUAAAAUGGAUUUAGGUUUUGUGCUUUUUUUCUGCUGCAACCAAUUUAAAAGACCUGCAUCAUAAUAAUGCAGUUAAUAAAGUGGAAGUUAUAUAUGUGGAGAGUUU